UCUAGAAGUUAAUGUUAGCUGACGUUUGAGUCGCCUAGCUAGUUAGCUAGCUAGCUCAUGUAAUUAGCUCAUUGGCUAAAAGUUGGAAGCUGUCGCUAACGUUGGUUGAAUUCAUAUUGCUCAGUGCAGUCGCCAAAUAGUCAAGAUGUGGUGUAACAUUUAUAUAACAGCUCAGUUCAAAUGCAACUAGUAUCUACUUGCUCUUGACCGAAAAUGUGUCGAAUAACCUUAAUGUAAAUGUAGCUAAUGGUAUAUGACUAUUUUAGGUAACGUAGCUUUUGACUUUAGCAAGCUAAGUUUGCUAGAUAUGGAUAGCGUCGCCCCUUCGUCCACCUUUGAAUCUCAGGGCUUCAGUCCAACUUGCAGAAGGCAGCGUACAGUGGAAGACUUCAAUAAGUUUUGUACUUUUGUGCUAGCCUAUGCUGGGUAUAUUCCUUACCCACAAGAGGAGGCCUCCCUCAGGAGCAGCUCCAGUCCGCCCAACAGCACAGGCAGCACAGCCGACAGCGACUGCUGGGACUCCCAGCGCCUCAGCGGCCCCUUCUCCUCCCCGGGCCUUCCCCAGCCCUGCCUGUCUGGCGGCCGGAAGAGCUUCGGAGGCUUCAAGCGUGGACCAGAGGCUGGCCUCCUGGACACCUCCCAGCUCCGCAAGCGCCCCAAGUCGGCCGGCCUGUUCCUGGAGGAAAGUCGGAGGAAGACGGAGAAGUUGCUGAAGAAGAAAAAGAAGAAGCUGAGGAAGAGUCUGGGAGAAGACACUGUGGAGCCAAAUAGCGCGGGCCAGGGGUGCAGCUCUCUAUCAGAGUUCACGUGGAACAGUGCCCGGGCCAUCAAAGAGGAGCCAGAGGAUUUUCUCAGUAUCCCCAUACCUAGUGUCUCACAUGCACACAAUCGAUCACUAUCUGACCACCACCUACAAAGCGACCACCUGGGCUGCAGCUCGUCUCCGCACCAGGAAGGCCUCCUGGUCUGCAAGCAGGAGCCAGACUCUGCUCAAGGCUCUCCGUCCUGGGAUGGAAAAGAGAGUCCAGCAGCAGACUCGAGGCCCAGGCUCUCGGAUGGGGAGGCAGUGAUGGUGAAAGUGGAAGGCGUCCCGGGCACUAGGACUGUGUUCCGUCAGGGGAAGCAGGUAGUCUUCAGGGACGAGGAUGGCUCGGGGGAUGACGAGGACAUCAUGGUGGACUCAGAUGACGACUCAUGGGAUCUGGUGACGUGCUUCUGCAUGAAGCCGUUUGCUGGGCGGGCCAUGAUCGAGUGCAACCAGUGCAACACCUGGAUCCACUUGUCCUGUGCCAAAAUCCGCAAGACCAACGUGCCCGAGACGUACGUCUGCCAGCGCUGUAAAGACUCCCAGUUUGACAUCCGGCGCUCCAACCGCUCGCGGGUGGGCCCCAGGAAGCACCUGUUAGACUGAGGCCACUCCUGCCCAUUGAGACAGACUCUAGUUCCACUGUUUCCUCUGUUCCUCAGCCCAGUACACGAACAACCCCCUCCCCUGUUCACACACUCAGCCCUACUUCACUGUCUGUGUGGAGUCCCAGCAGUACAGAGCAGGGGAGAAUGCCACUUCUGAGGACUCCCUUUGUUGUAUUUUCACAGUUCCUUGCAUGAUAAAACUUAGAGGUGGACUGUUUGAACAGGAAAAAAUGGUACCGUCCUGAGAAGCAGGGCUUAAAAGGACAUGGAUCAGGCAAGGUGGGAUACAGAGACUUGCACUUUUUUUAAAUGUUCAAUAGGGUUUUGCCAACCUUAAUUGAAAUUUAAAGAUGCUAUUAUGAAACAAAAAGCUUGUAUAGGUUUCCUGAAACAAAGGUUUUAUUUUUUUGUUGUUAAGCUGCACUUGGUGCUUAUCCAGUGUUGCUUAAGUUCCGAUUGAAAGCGAUUUAGUUUUUUGGUUUGACAUUCAUUUUUAAAAAGAAAAUGUUAUACAUUGUUUUUUGUUGUUAAAUAUAGCUAUAUGUUCAACAGCUUCAAGUGGUUUUGUUUUAGGUUUUCAAGAAACGCUUUUGUUUAUGUGUGCUUAUGUGAAGUAUUUCAUAUGGGCAAAAUGGUCAUUUGUUUCUUACAAAGGUGAUGAGAACUUCAACAUUAGGUAUGGGAUUCUGUGUCCGCUUGUCUUAAACACUCACACCUUUUUAGUUCUACUCAGCCUUCUGUUAAGUACACAAAUGUUUAGUGUUGACUAACUAAGUAUCUUCAUGCUAUUCUGUAAUGUGAUGUUGCCAGGUUCAUUGGUGCUCAAAGUUUCUAGUAGAUAGAAAAUCUUCCUUUUUACGACUGUUGAAAUGGUGUCUACAGACCAAAUUGGAUUGAUCUCCGUGGCUCAGACUGGCUGAUGUAAACGUGUAAUUUAAUUUGAAACUGCUCUUACUGCCCAUGUUGUCAUGCACACUGUUUAUAUUAUUCUAAUGCCAAAGCAAGUUAUCAACAGGAACCCAUUGACAAGCUUGUUCAAUUAUGCGAGGUGAUGUUUUACAACUUGUCCGACAUUAUCGAUCAGAAUUUCAGUCGCAGUUGUUAAGUAUCUCCUUAUCAUUGAAAAGGUAUGUGUAGGUUUUAGACUUUUGAGAUCCGUUGUUUCCUUCUUUUCCAUUUGUUGCACUACUAGGACAGUGCUUAUGUUUUCAUUUGAGGAAUACUGGUAUUACUUCUGGUCAUAUUUAAAGAAAGAUGUCAGAAGAUGGCAUUCUUAACUUUUUGAAAGUGUUUUACUUAAGCUAAAUAUUGUCUUAAAUUGUUUUAUUUUCAUUUCCAGUGAGGUUAAGACUUGGAAACGGUCAUUUAUGACAAGAUUUUGUAUUUGCCUUGCAUGCUCAAACACCACAGGGAUUUAUCAGAAUUCAAGCUUAAAUCUGCAUCAGGUGUGAGUAAUGUUUUUGGAAGUGACAAGCUGUAAUGGUCCUUCAUUCAUGUUAUUUUAAAUGGAAAACUUAAUAUACAUCUCCUUUUUGAUGCUAUUCCAGAACCUCAUCAGUAUGCUUUUUAUUUCCCAUGCAAUGGACAUGGUUUAACGAGUUGAGACAUGGGGCUUUAGGCUCAUAGAUGUUUUUUUUCCCUUUGUGUUUGGUAUGGUGUUCCUGUCCCUGUUGUUCUGCAGGUUUUGGAAAGAGGUUGCUCUUACCAGGGGGCUCCCUCAGUCGAGAGGGAGAUGUGGGAGGGUUGGGAACGUGUCCCUGAUGAAAGCUGUUUCUGUGAAACUCUACUGUUAAAGAAAAGCUCUUUGAUUUUAAAUGCUGAGAUAAAAAGAUGUGGGGAUUCAAAGGCCCUCUUAUGAAUACA